AUGUCUGGUAACAACGCCGAAUACCGCGAAGCCUUUGCCCUCUUCGACAAGAAGGGUACCGGACAAGUCGCCCGUGAAUCUCUCGGCGAGCUCCUCCGAUCCCUCGGCCAAAACCCCACCCAGGCAGACGUGGCCGAGCUCGAAAAGAGCGUCGGCGCUACCUUUAGCUACGACGAGUUUUUGGCCAUCCUGAACAGGCCGGAUGGAUGGAAGCCUGCUGGAACUGCCGACGAGUUUAUCAAGGGGUUCCAGGUGUUUGACAAGGCCGGAAACGGCUUUAUCGGUGCUGGUGAAUUACGAUACGUGCUCACCCAGCUCGGCGAGAAGAUGACCGACGAGGAGGUGGACGAGCUGCUGAAGGGUUUCCCCGUCCAGGACGGCCAGAUCAACUAUCACUCUUUCGUCCGAUCCAUUCUCGCCCAAUAG